AUGUCAUAUCCAUGUCUUGAAUGUGGAAAAUGUUUUAUAUCAAAACAACGUCUUGCUGCACAUGAGAGAAUGCACACAGGAGUGAAGUCCUAUCCAUGUUCAGAAUGUGGGAUAUGUUUUACAUCAAAGCAACGUCUUGUUGCACAUGAAAGAAGUCACUCAGAAGACAAGUCAUAUUCAUGUCCAGAAUGUGGGAAAUGUUUUCAAGUGAAAUAUCAUCUUUUCAUACAUGAGAAAAGUCACAUAGAAAAGAUGCCAUAUUCAUGUUCUGUAUGUGGGAAAUAUUUUAAAGGUAAGGGAAAUCUUAAUAGACAUCAGAGAAUUCACACAGGAGAGAAGCCAUAUUCAUGUUCAGAAUGUGGUAAAUGUUUUACCAGUAAAGCAAACCUUGUUCAACAUGAGAUAAGUCACACAGGGGCAAAACCCUAUUCAUGUGCAGAAUGUGGGAAAUGUUAUACUGAUCCCUCAAGCCUUAUUAAACAUAAGAGAAGUCACACUGGAGAGAAACCAUAUCCAUGUGCAGAAUGUGGGAAAUGUUUCACACGUAAAUCACUGCUUGUUAUACAUCACAGAACUCACACAGGAGAAAAGCCGUAUUCGUGUUCAGAAUGUGGGAAAGGUUUUGCAGCUAAAACAAAUCUUGUUAUGCACGUGGAAAGUCACACAGGUGAGAAGCCAUAUUCAUGUACAGAAUGUGGGAAAUGUUUUACAUCAAAACUAUAUCUUGUUAGACAUGAGAGAACUCACACAGGAGAGCAGCCAUAUGCAUGUUCAGAAUGUGGAAAAUGUUUAACAAGUAAAUCAAGUCUGGUUAAACAUCAAAGAAUUCAUACAGGAGAGAAGCCGUAUUCAUGUUCAGAAUGUGGGAAAUGUUUUACAGCAAAGGAACAUCUUGUUAGACAUGAAAGAACUCACACAGGAGAGAAGCCAUAUGCAUGUUCUCAAUGUGGGAAAUGCUUUACAUCAAAAGAACAUCUUGUUGUACACGAAAGAAAUCACACAGGAGAAAAGCCAUAUUCUUGUUCAGAAUGUGGGAAAUGUUUUUCAAAAAAAUCACAUCUUCUUUCACAUCUCAAAGUACACACUGGAGACAAGCAUAUUUGAUGUUUUUUGAGUCCUGAUAUUACCGAGGAGGCAGUAGCAUGAGAGUGCAAGAUAAACAGAAGAAAUGAGCGCUUACAAUUGUGGAAAGAAAAAGGGUAGAAGUUUGGAGGAAGAUUUGAGAAGGCGACUCUGAACCAAAUUAAAAGGGUUAUCCAGAAAAACAGAACUGAUUUAAAGAAAAAAAACAACACCACCCCUGUCCGCAGGUUGUGUAUGGUAUUGCAGCUCCAUUUAGUGAAGUGAAUGGAGCUAAGUUGUUAUACCACACACAACCUGAGGACAGGGGUAGUGCUGUUUUUUGGAGAGAAAAAAAAAUAGCUCUUUUUCUAUUCCUGGAUAACCUCUUUAAUAGUGGAGGCGGCAGCAAGGAGAGGAGAAAGUAGAUUCAAACCUAAAAAUAAAUAAUUGCUAAAGAAGAGCACAAGUGCCGAAUGUGUGAGGACAUUCCAAGAAGCAUUUUGUGGGACAAGUUACACUAGUUUAAAGGACCGUUUUG